AUGCUUGUGCAAUUGCUGAAAAACGUGUCAUUAUCAGAAAUAUUUUGUGAGAAGAAUUAUACUAGAAAUUGGUACAUAUCAUCAGGAAUUAACGAUUCUGUUAUAAUGUUCAUUUCUGAUAGAUAUGACUUUGCUAUCGAUCUUGAAAGCAUUUUGAAAAAAAAUGAAUAUAAGCGAAGGUUAAUUAAAUCUCCAUCAGAAUAUUGUUCCGUAUAA